CAGCGGGAAGCAAGUUUGUGUUUCCCAAUCUGUUCCCAACAUGGACAGGCAGAGUCGAGUCUUUGCAGCGACACAGCCGGCUGCAGGACGGGAAUAUGUCGGUAAUGUGAACGAGCAGGGACCUGAGGUGCGAGCAGUUCACCGUCAGAGCCCUGGUAACUAUGGUAACCGGGUGAGGGAGGUCCAGGUAACAGGAGCAGCGGAGGUGUGCUGUCCGGCAGACCGGGUGUCUGUGCGGGUCAGUGUGGGCAGCAGCAAAGACUCAGUUAACGAGGUGACCAACAGCGUUUCACGGAGGCUUGAAUACAUCCUACAAACUGUCAGACAACAUGGUGUCAGUGACAAAGACACCUCAGUGAGGAGGUUUCUCCACCGAGAGGCAGACCAGUAUAACAUGAAUGCAGAGGUCAUGGUCACUUUCUCUAAUUUUGAGAACAUGGAGCAAGUGUGUAGUGUCCUGCUGGAGAAGCUGGACAAGAGUGUGUGUGUGGGAACGCCACAGUUCUACCACAGUGCUGAGUGCCUGAGCCAAAUGAGGCGGCGAGCAUGUGUGGUAGCAGUAGAAAAUGCUCAACAGAAGGCCUGUGAAGUCAGUCUGCUCCUUGGGCAAACUCUGGGACCCCCCAUACUGAUCAGAGAGGAGGAGACGAAGGAGUGGAGGAAUGAGGAGGAGGAGGAGGAGGGCAGAGGUCAAAGUGUUGGCUCCCUUCCUCACCUCCCCUGUACACCCACAAUCACCGCCUCCUCCCAGGUGUCUGUGUCCUUCAGCCUCAGAGACAGAGGCAGGAAAAAAGUCUGAAGAUUGAAUUUUUCAUUGACUCAAGGAAGACCAACAGACUUUCAACAUGUUUUAUUGCUUUUUUAUGAUGGCUGUAUAAAGUGCUUUUUUUUACCAUAACCGACACAGAGUGGGGGCUAUUUAGAGGAAAACCUAAAUACAUCUUGAAUGCAGGUUUUGGCCUUUUAGCAUUUUCUUGAUCACUCUUAAUAAACUCUCGUUUAAAGUUGUCUUUAAAAAAUCAAGCCACCCUUAAAAUAAAAGGUUUAUCCUUUUCAGUCUAUUUCUUAGCACAUCAUAUUAAAAAUACUGUGUAUUUGCAUCUUA